AUGAAGGCGGCCGCUCUGACAGAAAUCCAUCGUGCUGGGUACUGUUCCUUCUCUGGAGAGUGUGGCAGGAACCCUGAAAUCAGCGCCAGCCUGCUUCCACCAUUCGUGCCGUGCAUCUCCAACACACCAGCCCAGCAGCUCAAUGGCUCCCACCUCAGCCUCCUUAGGACUGUCUGCCCUACACUAUUCGCAGGGAUGAAGGACACCUAUGCUUGCUGCUCUGAGUUCCAGUUGCAAAGCUUGCAGACCAGCCUUAUGAUGACCCAGGGUGUGUUGUCUCGCUGCCCGGCCUGUUUACAGAACUUUGUCAACAUUUACUGCCAGAACUUAUGCAGCCCAAACCAGAGCCUCUUCACCAAUGUCACCCGCUACUUCAACCACACCGCCCAGAAACAGGGCGUUCUUGAGUUCCAGUGCUACUACAGCCAGCGUUUUGCAGAUGAAGCCUACGAUUCUUGCAAGGGGGUACGGCUGCCAGCCACUGGUGGCUAUGCCAUAAGUGCCAUGUGUGGCAUGUACGGGGCCACCUUGUGCAACAGCCAGCGGUGGCUGGACUUCCAGGGAGAUGUGAGCAAUGGGCUGGCUCCUUUGGCAAUCUCUUUCCAGCUUGUGCCAGGCAGCUCUGCUGCCAACAUUGGGAAUGGCAUUGUGCCACUCAAUGGAAAUGUCUGGAAGUGCAGCGAGGCCAUGAACAACGGGAGUGGGGAUAGAUGCUCCUGCCCAGACUGUGCCCAGGCCUGCCCUGCUGCCCUGCCUCCUCGUCCUGCAACCCAACCCUUCAAAGUGGGAGAAAUGGACGGGGUCCUCUUGGUGUGCACCCUCCUCUUCUGUGGGCUCGUGCUGCUGUUUGGGGCUUUCCUGCUGUGGCGAAGCUACUCCUCCUCUGGGAAGCCAAAGGAGCAACGACUGGAGUGGGCAGUGACUGGGUUGACCUGUUCUGAGAAGGCAAGCCAGGACAUCCAUGCAUUCCUGGACAGGAUGUUCAGCGCCUGGGGCACGCUGGUGGCCUCUCAUCCCAUCAAAGUGAUUGCCAUCUCGGUGCUGGUGGUGGCAGGACUCUCCAGCGGGCUGGUCUUCAUCAAGCUGACCACGGACCCUGUAGAGCUCUGGUCCUCCCCCGGCAGCCGGGCCCGGCAGGAGAAGGCCUUCUACGACCAGAACUUUGGGCCCUUCUUCAGGACCAACCAGGUCAUCCUGACCACACAGAGCCGCCCCAGCUACACCUACGACUCUCUCAUCCUGGGACAGAAGAACUUCAGUGGGGUCCUCUCCAAGGAAGUGCUGCUGGACCUUCUGGACCUGCAGACGAGGCUACAAGACAUCGUGGUCUGGCCCAGGGAGCACAGCAAGAACAUCUCCCUGGAAGACAUCUGCUAUGCACCCCUAAAGUCCCACAACACCAGCCGCUCUGACUGCGCUGUCAACAGCCUGCUGCAGUAUUUCCAGAACAACCUCACUCGCCUUAAUAUGACAGCCGAGCAGACGCUGCACGGCAAGACCGGCACAGUGGACUGGAGGGACCACUUCCUGUAUUGCGCCAACUCACCGCUCUCUUUCCAAGACAUCACCCAGCUGCAGCUGAGCUGCAUGGCAGACUAUGGCGCCCCCGUCUUCCCUUUCCUGGCCGUCGGAGGUUAUCCAGGUAGGAAGUACUCAGAAUCACAGGCUCUCAUCCUGACCAUCUCCCUGAACAACUUCCCCUCCAGUGACCCUCGUUUUGACUUUGUGAAGCUGUGGGAGGAGCAGUUCCUGAAGGUUGUGCAGGAAUUCCAGCAGGAACACGCGGACAACUACACCAUGGCCUACAUGGCUGAGCGCUCCCUGGAGGAUGAAAUCAAUCGGACAACUUGGGAUGACCUCCCCAUCUUUGCUGUCAGCUACGUGGUGAUCUUUGUGUACAUCACCCUGGCGUUGGGCGAGUACUCCAGCUACAAGCGCAUCCUGGUGGACUCCAAGGUGACCCUGGGCCUGGGAGGAAUCCUGGUGGUGCUGGGCGCCGUGCUGGCCUCCAUGGGCUUCUUCUCCUUUGUGGGGCUGCCCUCCUCGCUCAUCAUCCUUGAAGUCGUCCCCUUUCUGGUGCUGGCGGUUGGGGCUGACAACAUCUUCAUCUUUGUGCUGGAGUACCAGCGAUCUGAGCCACAGGCUGGAGAAACGACGGAGCAGCACAUUGGGCGGGUCUUGGGGGAUGUUGGUCCCAGCAUGCUCCUCUGCAGCCUCUCUGAAGCGGUCUGCUUCUUCCUGGGUGCCUUGACCCCGAUGCCGGCUGUCCAGACUUUUGCCCUCAAUGCUGCUGUGGCUGUGCUUUUUGACUUUUUGCUUCAGAUGUCCGUGUUUGUGGCCUUGGUGUCUCUGGAUGCCCGCAGGCAGAAGGCCUCCCGCUUUGACCUGUGCUGCUGCCUCCGCCUGGAGAAAAGGACCCCAGUGAAGAGGCAUGAGGGGCUCCUUUGCACCUUCGUGCAGCGAUUCUAUGCCCCUGUCCUGCUCAACAGCAUCGUCCGGAUAGUGGUGAUGCUGCUCUUCACCCUCAUGUUCUGCGCUGGGAUCUUCCUGACGUGCAACGUCCAAGUGGGGCUGGAACAGGAGCUGUCAGUGCCCCAGGAUUCCUACAUGCGGCAGUACUUCCAGUACCUGAACCAGUACUUCAUGGUGGGUGCCCCAACCUACUUCGUCACCACCGGGGGCUACAACUUCUCCACAGUGCCAGGAAUGAACGGGGUCUGUUCCAGCUCAGGCUGUGAUGACAACUCAAUGAUGCAGAAGAUCCAGUAUGCCACGCAGUUCCCGGAUGAGUCCUUCCUGGCCAUCCCUGCCUCUUCCUGGGUGGAUGACUUCAUUGACUGGCUGAAUCCCUUCUCCAGAUGCUGCCGCAUUCACCAGUCUGGCCCCAAGAAGGGCGAAUUCUGCCCGUCCACGGACACCUCCUUUACCUGCUUGCUUAGCAAAUGCAUGCCCCAGCCGAAUGGGACCCUCCGACCUGACACAGAGGAGUUCAACCGAUUCCUGCCCUGGUUUCUCAAUGACACACCCAACCUCAAGUGUCCCAAGGGGGGUCUUGGUGCCUAUGACACGUCUGUGCGGUUGGGGCCAGAUGGGCAAAUCUUAGCUUCCCGGUUCAUGGCCUUCCACAAGCCUCUCCGAAACUCACAGGAGUACACAGCAGCCCUGCAGGCGGUGCGAGAGCUGGCAGCCAACAUCACAGCCAGCAUGCGGCAAGUGCCUGGCACGGACCCCAGCUUCCAGGUCUUCCCAUACACGAUCACCUACGUGUUUUAUGAGCAGUACUUGAACAUCACCAUAGCAGGCAUCGUCAACUUGGCCCUCUGCUUGGUGCCUACCUUUGCAGUAUGUUGUCUCCUGCUGGGCCUGGAUCUGCGUUCAGGCUUCAUUAACCUGCUCACCAUCAUCAUGAUUGUGGUGGACACUGUGGGUGCCAUGACGCUGUGGGGCAUCUCCUUCAAUGCUGUCUCGCUCAUCAACCUGGUGGCGGCUGUGGGCAUUUCGGUGGAGUUUGUGUCGCACAUCACCCGCUCAUUUGCUGUCAGCACAAGGCCGACCAAAGUGGAAAGGGCCAGAGAGGCCACUGUCAAUAUGGGGAGCGCAGUGUUUGCUGGCGUGGCGAUGACCAACCUUCCUGGCAUUGUGGUGCUUGCCUUCGCCAAGGCCCAGCUGAUCCAGCUCUUCUUCUUCCGCCUCAACCUCAUCAUCACGCUGCUGGGGAUGCUGCAUGGCCUCCUCUUCCUGCCAGUGCUCCUCAGCUAUUUUGGGCCUGAUGGUAACCAGGGAAGGGCACAGGCACCACAGCAGAGGAAGGACCAGGACCAGCCGAAAAAGAGCAGCCUGGUCAUCGCCAACAAUGCUGCUUUUGAAGGCAACAGGGUUAAAAGCAAUGGCCAGCCCUUUUCUGCUCACAGCCAGACUCCGGCCCAGGCUCAAGCGGGACCCGAGGAGGAAAAAUGUGAAAGAGUGGGCAGUAGCUGCCCAGGAGGAACUGGCCGCAUGCAGCAGGAGGCCCUCCACGCUGGCAGGCAGGACACAGACUCUGGGCAGACAAAGUUGGCACUGUCGGAGGCUGCUGUGGAAAGCAACUGCAUCAGCAGAAGUGGGUCGCUCCAAUGAGGGGCAGUGCUGCUGCUGCUGCUGCUUCCAUGUGGGGAUGUGUGAAAAUGUGAGUGAGUGCAAUUGGUGGGUGUGGGCAUGUAAAAGAACUCUUUUCUCCGGCCGGACAGCUGAGCACAAGAAUGCUCUAGACUCUGCAUGCCCAAAUGUUAAGUGUUGUAUGAAUCUCCUUUGCAACUGUUUGCAGAAGGUGGACGCGUUGUAAGAAAGAGUUCUGGCACUGGCCUAGCCAGCCAGCCAGAGCUGGAGAACUGGCUGAGCCUGCCUGCGGCACACCAGCUUCUGUAGCCACCAAGCUGGAGGAGGGGGAGCCCCCAAGUAUCUCUUUCAUCACAAGGUGCUCUGCACAAGAGCGAAGACAGCCAGGACUUGGAGACACAGGAUGGGGCCACCUUGUCAGCACAAAGUGCUCCUAGGGAUGGAGGCUCCCUGAGAAUCCCAUCUAUGCUAUCUUGAGUUCUCUGGACAAAGACAGGAUAGAAAUGUAAUAUAGCAUUUUGAGUUUUUUUAAAACCCUGUUUCUUUGUGGGAAGUGAGGCAAAGAACAUAAAUGCCUCUGGAAAGGAAGGAAGCCUGCCUGCAGGGCAUGAAAUCAACAGCCCCUUCCUCUGUGCCAGAAACUAAGCUCUGCCUCUUUGCAGGGAUCAUGCUGCUUCCGCAUUUUCCUGCUGGGUGCCAGCCCACCCCUCCCCCUCCACCCACGUUCUGCCAGCCAUUAAACGCCUUCUCCUGUGAAACAAUAACCAGGGCAAGGCUGGGUAGGGGUGCCCUGCGCCAGCCAGGCCCACACUUCACCUGAACUGUGCCUCUAGAUGCGGGGAGCAAUACUGGCUCCCAACACCCGAUUCCCCCCCUACUUAAACCACUCACUGAUAUAGGUGUGCCAAAUGCAUUUUACCUUCGGCAAGGGUGUAGGGCCUGCCAAUUCAACAGAGAGCAAGUGUGAUCAUAGGGCAUAAACCCUUGUGGGCUAGAGUCCAUUUCAUCAGAAGCAUCAAGUGCUAUCAAAGCUUGGUAUAAUUCUGCAUGAAACAUAAGCAUAUAGGUGUUGGGGGUGGGAUAUAGUAAACUGGCCACAAAAGCAGCCAUGAAUGCAACAGGAGAAGCCUGUGGCACUUCUAUGAAACGCUUGGCUACAUACACAUCAACUGGGCCCUGCAACUCAGUGUGUGUGCAACACAGCCGGAAGACUAUGCCUCCCUCCGGAAUAUCUUAUGCCGCUGCUAAGGGCUGAAGGAGUAGUUAAGCCCCUAUUCUUGUUUGCUCCACUUUUUGUUUUGUUUUUAUUUUCUAACACUGUUCCCUUUUGCUUUUGUUUCUGUCUGAACUGCCCAAGUUGAAGCAAAGGGCAAGAAACCCUCUGCUCCAGCAGUGAGCCAAAUUAGGACCAUCAGGCUUCCCCAUUUGGCCCUGUGAGGUCAUUUGGGCCAAACCACACCCACUCACCCUAAGCUGAUGAUGUCAGGUUUUGGCAGAGAGAGAGAUGGCUGGGCCAAAAGGGUCUUUUGCAAGCACCAAUUAUCAGCUGAUCCUUGGGGCUUGCAAAGUCUUGAUUUCACACACACCCCCGCAAAAACAAUGCCACAGUUCCAGUUUAAAAAAUUGCAUGACAUUGUAAAAGGAAAUAAAAGGGUUUUUUAAUAUAUAUUCUGCGGCUCAAUUUAGUCUAAGGUUGCUUUUUCUGAAUUACAAAAACAGGAACAGUCCAUUUUUUCCUCUGCAAAUAAUCAUACGAUAGCUGUCUCUGCAAAGUAUUUUUUUCUUCAGCAUGUGGGCAAAAUAGCAUCAGCCUCAGUCACUGACAUACUUCUUAGGAAGCUGAACGCCACCUCUCUACCUACAUGAAGCCACGGCCCCUCACCUGGGAUUCAGCACAACUUACACAUUCCAUUCAUUUAGUCAGGACCCCCAG